AAACGGCAAACCACAGGUCACUGCAUACUACUACCACUGCAGAGUGCAGGCUGUUGUCGCCUGUCCCUUAAGAAAUUAUUCACGUUCCUACGUUACCCGUCCCGUUUUCUCGAUUCCGGUCGACCCAGACCGACCGAUUACCGUUUUAGGUCAUUAGUGUCGCGCACAAAUUCAAUUUUCCGCCGCCGGCUCCUCGUCCCUGGACCCUGAAUUUAUCAAGGAAAGGAACCAGGACGAGCACGAGAUUAGUGAUCACAAAAUUCCCAUCACCCCGUCAUAUCCGGUAUUGCGAUUCCCAUUAUAAAAGAUACUGGUAAGUUCACCACAUUGGUCUCGUCGACGGUGUCAUUGCUCAAUCAAAUUUAUUGCAUUUAAAAAGGUUUUACCAAAUUAGAUGUAUCAUUGUAAUUGAAUUCAAAAUAUUUGGAUUUGUACUGUUUUAAAAUGGAAGCUGCAUCUCCUGUUUUAGAAGAAUCUAUUGCCAAUAACUCUAAUCAGAUGUCUGCUAAUGAUGUUUCGUGUGGUGCGAAUGAUUCUGCAUUACCUUCAAUAAAGUGGAAUGACUCUACUGAUAGCAAUGUGUCCGUGGCUACUCAGGCUUCUCAGGAUGUAGAGAUUGCUGAUACAAAUGUGCCGUCCAAUGAAAAGAAUCGUAAGAAAAAAGAUCGCCAUCUUGCUCAAGCGUUAAAAACAGUUUUAAACAGUAUGAACUCGCUCAACACUCCGGAAGAGAAAUUAGGAGCUCUCUGCAUUAAGUAUGCAGAUUUGAUGGAAGAAAAUACUAAACUUAAAACAGCUUAUAAACAAUCUGAAAAAAAGGCAUCUCAAGCAAUCACCGAACGUGAUGUAGUAAGAGGUGAAAUGAACAAAGCCAUAAUGACUCGAAGCCGAUUAGAAAGCUUAUGCAGGGAGUUACAAAAACAAAAUAAAGCUAUAAGAGAAGAGAGCCUGAAGCGUGUUAAAGAAGCUGAAGAUAAACGUUUGGAAAUGACUAAUAAGUUUCAAAACACAUUGGGAGAAAUUGCCACAGUGAUGCAACAGAGCAGUGAGAAAAACAACAAACUUCGAGAUGAUAAUAUAGAUAUGUCUUCUAGGCUUAAAAAUGUGUGUGAACAAUACGAGCUUAGAGAACAGGUAAAUGGCGCUCAAGUAGUUAAGUUAGCAAAACAAAUUGAACUCGAGACUCAAUUAUGUGAUGCCAAAUUGGCAAAAGCAAAUAUGGAAAUCAGUGUAGAAAGAGAAACUCUACUAACCGAAAAGACACACUUAUUGAAAGAAAUAAGACAAUAUCAAACAAGAAUCGAAGAAAUGCAAGCAACUGAAAUUGACCUCAGAAAUCAAAUAUCUUUGUAUAAUGAAAAAUAUGAGGAAUUUCAAAAUGCUCUAGCACGCAGUAAUAAAGUGUUUGCUGGUUUUAAAGGAGACAUGGAGCUGAUGUCAAAAAAAAUAGUCAAACAAGAAAAAGAAUCAGCUAGUUGGAAAAUGCGUUAUGAACGUUGCCAACAGUUAUUGGAUGAAAUGACUAAUGAGCGUGGGAGAAUGAUCAGUGAUCUGUCCGUUGCAACCAGACAGCUGAGUACUCUACAAAAAUUGUGUCGCACAUUACAUUCUGAACGACAGACAUUAUUGUCUAAAAUAGAAGAGGGGAAAAAAUCAUCUGAAGUGCCUACUGAAGUAAUAUCUGGAGAACUAGCUGAACGACUUACAGAUAUAAGCAUGUGUACAAUGGCUGAUUGGUUUGCAAAAACUACUGAUCCAAAAUCUAAACCUGAUGCAUUAAAAGAAGAGCUACAGACAGUCAUGGAAAAUGAGUUAAGAUUAGUUAAGGAAUCAAUCGAACAGCAAUUCCAACAAGCAAAUGGCGAAGAAAAUAUAUCACCUGAAUCUCCAACGUCAUCUCAAUCACAUUUGUCUGAUGAACCAGCUUAUGAUACAGGAGUAAGCAGUAGCUCAUCAGUAAAUGGUGACAAAGUGGAGCGUCCUAUAGAAAAUAACAUUAAAAGUGAUGCAAUAGAUGAUGAUCAAUCAAAAGAAGAUGACACACAAAAAAAAAAGGAAUUGCAAUCCAAAAGGAAAACUAAGAAAACGUAGAGUUUGACUCAAUCAUAUGUAGUAAUUUACUAAUGUUAAAUUUUUAAUUAUAAAAACUAAAAACUGUUUUCACUGAUACGUUUUUUAUUUUAUAAUAUUGGGUUUUUAUUUUAAAGCCAUCAGAAGUUAUAUUUUUAUGCAUACUACGAGCCUUAUAUAUAUAAAAACAAAUGUUGCAAUUAAGAAUUGUAAUAUUAGUAUGUCGUUUUAAUAUUGGUUAAUAUAAUCAGUAAUAUAAAUAUUGCUAUUAUUAAUA